AAUCCCGCAACUAAGCAAAAAUUCAUUGCAGUAUUUUUUGUGCACCAGAAAGUAAUAUUUCAAUUCCAUUUGAACGGUUUGCAAAGCAGUUAACCACAAAAUGCGCGCGCUUCACAAAUUUCUUUGGCUUUUGGUGGCAUUUACAGUUUCACCAACACUAAUACUUGCACGUCCCAGUGAUGAGCUCGCCUCGCGUCUCGCAUUCCUCGUUAUGGAUCCAGCGAAUGAUGAACGUUUCAAUGAAAUCGAGCAUUCUGGCAUGGGUGAGAUUUACUAUCCCGAGACGACGAUGUUCGAAAAACAGCGGCAACUUAGCAAAAAUAUACUUCCGAACUUGAAUGUGACAACCAGUAAGCCGGAUGACAGCGAAGAACCGACGGAAGACAAGAGAAGUUUAAUGCGUUCGAUGGUUACAUCGGUGUUCAAUUUUAUGCAGCGCUUUAUCCUAUGAUUACGAGAGUAGUGCGAAUUCAAAUUCAUCAUAUUUUACAAUCUGUGUUUUUUUUUUUGCGUACUUUUCUACAAACGAAUUUCGUGCUUGCGUGAAGUUGAUUUUCACAUGAGAGAAAAUAAAGUACAUAACAUACAUAUGUACGUAGUAAUGUGCAUGUGCAUGUAUGUAUGUAUGUAUGAAUAUACUAUCAUAAAGACGU